AGACGAUUUUAUUUUUUUGGAAUGAGAUAAAAAAAGGUCAUAAGGAAAGCCACACAAAAUAUAGAUUCCACAAAAAAGGAAAAGAAAAUUAGCCAAUUAAUUACCAAAAAUAGAAUAAUUGUUCAUUAAUCACUAGAAAGUUACAUAUAUAUUUUCUAGCCUACAAAAGAAAAGUUCAAAGAACGGACGAAACAAAGAAAAGGCAAUAAAAAUAUAUAACAAAAAAAGCAAUUGCAACAAAAAGUAGAAAAAACAGAUUGAAAAAAAAGAAAAGAAAAAAUGACGGGUACAUUUAGUGUAAAGUUAAAAUCGAAAAAUGGUCAAUUCAUUGUUAAGGAUUUAUCAAAUAAAACUACAGUAGCUGAUCUCAAGCAGCGUGUGGCUGCAGUAACACAAAUAAAAGAGCCUCAACUGCAUAUACUAAUGGGUUUUCCACCCAGACCUUUGGAUUUGGCGCACAAUAGCCAGCAGCGUACCCUUGAGGGCUGCGGCAUAUCUAGCGGAGAGACAUUGAUUGUUGAAGAAAAACCUGAAUCGGAAGUCGUUGAUGUAGCUGCCACUUUGGAGGAUGAUGAAGCUUUAGCCAGACGUUUGCAGGCCGAGGAAGAAGAACAGCAAUUACGUGAAGUAGUAGCAGCUGCCACCACCGGUACCAAUUCUAAUACUAAUGAAAUACCUGAUGUAGACUUAUCGCUACCCGGUUCGAGUGGCAAUUUUAAUGGUAUACUCUUGAAAAAAGUUGUACCUGCCGACAAUUCCUGCUUAUUUACCAGUGUGCGUUUUGUACUCAACGGCAAAGUUGACAAUGAGGGCAGUGAAAUGAUGCGUCAUAUAAUUGCCCAAGAGGUGGCGGCUAAUCCUCAAGAAUAUAAUGAUGCCGUUUUGGGUAAAUCAAAUGCAGAAUAUUGCUCUUGGAUACAAAAACCAGACUCAUGGGGUGGUGCCAUUGAAGUUGCAAUACUUUCUAGUUACUAUGGCAUUGAAAUUGAUGUUGUCGAUAUACAAAAUGCCAUUAUCAAUCGUUUCGGUGAAGAUAAGAACUAUGGUUUAAGGGUGUUUUUGCUAUUCGAUGGUAUUCAUUAUGAUCCCUUAUAUAUGGAAACUGAGGGUGGUGGCGCACCGGCAACUAUUUUCCCCGUCGAAGAAAUGGGUGUCUAUCAGCAGGCUGAACAAUUGGCCAAAGAAGCCAAAUCAUCACGUCAAUUUACCAAUGUCGAUAAAUUUUCUUUACGUUGUUUACAGUGUGACGUCAUGCUUGUCGGUCAACUGCAGGCCACUCAACAUGCUAAAGCUACUGGACAUACAAAUUUUGGAGAAAUUUAAUAUCUCUUAAUAUUGGGAUCGCUUUAUAUGUUUGCCUUUUGCGUAUUUAUCUAUUAUUUAAUAACACAAUGGGUCUUGCCAGCCAAUUCCAUACUCUGAAACGUCACCCCCUUAUAACAAACAAACAGCAGCAGCUCGAAGAAACAUUAAAAAAAUAGAUAUAUUUAAAGUAAAAAACAAUUCUCAUUGUCUGUUCUAAACUUUGAUAUGCUAAUGCUUGCAUAACAUUUAAAAUAGUUGUUGUAGUAGUUUUAAAUACAUUUCAAACAACCAAUCAACAAACAAAAUGCCAUCUAAAACCUCAUUAAUUAAAAAAACAUUUUUAUGAUCAUUUAACUGGUAAAAAAAAAUAUUUAGUUUUCUAUUUUGAUUUUCUUGUGGAAAGACUUAUUUAUAAUGUUUGUUCUCAAUAUAGAAAUUAUUUAUUGUA